GCAGCGCUAGUGUAUCUGCCGGGCUCAGUGUGCGUGGAGAUUAGGUCCAAGCGCCCGCCCGAAGGCAGGCAGUUCGCGAGCUCUAGCAGCUGCUGCCAAUACCGCCGCCAGCAGCAGACUUCGCGAGCAGCGCCGCGGCGGAACUGGGCGCAGGGGAGCUAGCCCGGCCCCGCCAGCCCAGCCCAGCCCGGCCCGACUCCCUCCCCACGCCGGGGCAGCAGCAGCAGCCGCCGCCGCUGCUGGGAGAGAAGGUGGAGGAAGAGAUCCAGUCCUAGCACGCGCGCACCAUCAUGGACCAUUAUGAUUCCCAGCAAACCAACGACUACAUGCAGCCCGAAGAGGACUGGGAUCGAGACCUGCUCCUAGACCCGGCCUGGGAGAAGCAGCAGAGAAAGACGUUCACGGCAUGGUGCAACUCCCACCUCCGCAAGGCCGGGACACAGAUCGAGAACAUCGAAGAGGACUUCCGAGACGGCCUGAAGCUCAUGCUGCUGCUGGAGGUCAUCUCAGGUGAACGUCUGGCCAAGCCGGAGAGAGGCAAGAUGAGGGUGCACAAGAUCUCCAAUGUCAACAAGGCCCUGGACUUCAUAGCCAGCAAGGGGGUCAAGCUGGUGUCCAUUGGAGCUGAAGAAAUCGUGGAUGGGAAUGUGAAAAUGACCCUGGGCAUGAUCUGGACCAUCAUCCUCCGCUUUGCCAUCCAGGACAUCUCUGUGGAAGAGACUUCAGCAAAGGAGGGGCUCCUCUUGUGGUGUCAGAGAAAGACGGCCCCUUACAAAAACGUCAACAUCCAGAACUUCCACAUAAGCUGGAAGGACGGCCUUGGCUUCUGUGCCUUGAUCCACCGACACCGGCCUGAACUGAUUGACUACGGGAAGCUGCGAAAGGAUGAUCCUCUCACAAAUCUGAACACGGCCUUCGAUGUGGCAGAGAAGUAUCUGGACAUCCCCAAGAUGUUGGAUGCCGAAGACAUCGUCGGCACCGCCCGCCCAGAUGAGAAAGCCAUUAUGACUUACGUGUCCAGCUUCUACCAUGCCUUCUCUGGCGCCCAGAAGGCGGAGACAGCAGCCAAUCGUAUCUGCAAGGUGCUGGCCGUCAACCAGGAGAAUGAACAGCUCAUGGAAGACUACGAGAAGCUGGCCAGUGAUCUGCUGGAGUGGAUCCGCCGCACCAUCCCGUGGCUGGAGAACCGCGUGCCUGAGAACACCAUGCACGCCAUGCAGCAGAAGCUGGAGGACUUCCGUGACUACCGGCGCCUGCACAAGCCGCCCAAGGUGCAGGAGAAGUGCCAGCUGGAGAUCAACUUCAACACGCUGCAGACCAAGCUGCGCCUCAGCAACCGGCCUGCCUUCAUGCCCUCCGAGGGCAGGAUGGUCUCGGACAUCAACAAUGCCUGGGGCUGCCUGGAGCAGGCGGAGAAGGGCUAUGAGGAGUGGCUGCUAAACGAGAUCCGGAGGCUGGAGCGGCUCGACCAUCUGGCAGAGAAGUUCCGGCAGAAGGCUUCCAUUCAUGAGGCCUGGACGGAUGGCAAAGAGACCAUGCUGCGGCAGAAGGAUUAUGAGACGGCCACCCUCUCGGAGAUCAAGGCCCUGCUCAAGAAGCACGAAGCCUUUGAGAGCGACCUGGCUGCCCACCAGGACCGCGUGGAGCAGAUUGCCGCCAUUGCACAGGAGCUCAAUGAGCUGGAUUAUUACGACUCGCCCAGUGUCAACGCCAGGUGCCAAAAGAUCUGUGACCAGUGGGACAAUCUAGGGGCCCUGACCCAGAAGCGGAGGGAAGCCCUUGAGCGGACAGAGAAACUGCUGGAAACCAUUGACCAGCUGUACUUGGAGUACGCCAAGCGGGCUGCACCCUUCAACAACUGGAUGGAGGGAGCCAUGGAGGACCUGCAGGACACCUUCAUCGUGCACACCAUCGAGGAGAUCCAGGGACUGACCACCGCCCACGAGCAGUUCAAGGCCACCCUCCCUGAUGCCGACAAGGAGCGCCUCGCCAUCCUGGGCAUCCACAACGAGGUGUCUAAGAUUGUCCAGACCUAUCACGUCAACAUGGCGGGCACCAACCCCUACACAACCAUCACACCUCAGGAGAUCAAUGGCAAAUGGGACCACGUGCGACAGCUGGUGCCUCGGAGGGACCAGGCCCUGACGGAGGAGCAUGCCCGCCAGCAGCACAAUGAGAGGCUACGCAAGCAGUUCGGGGCACAAGCCAACGUCAUCGGGCCCUGGAUCCAGACCAAGAUGGAGGAGAUCGGGAGGAUCUCCAUUGAGAUGCACGGGACCCUGGAGGACCAGCUCAACCACCUGCGACAGUACGAGAAGAGCAUCGUCAACUACAAGCCUAAGAUUGACCAGCUGGAGGGCGACCACCAGCUCAUCCAAGAGGCGCUCAUCUUUGACAACAAGCACACCAACUACACCAUGGAGCACAUACGCGUGGGCUGGGAGCAGCUCCUGACCACCAUCGCCAGGACCAUCAAUGAGGUGGAGAACCAGAUCCUGACUCGGGACGCCAAGGGCAUCAGCCAGGAGCAGAUGAACGAGUUCCGGGCCUCCUUUAACCACUUUGACCGGGAUCACUCCGGCACGCUGGGUCCCGAGGAGUUCAAAGCCUGCCUCAUCAGCUUGGGUUAUGAUAUUGGCAACGACCCCCAGAAGAAGACAGGCAUGAUGGACACGGAUGAUUUCCGAGCCUGCCUUAUCUCCAUGGGUUACAACAUGGGAGAGGCAGAAUUUGCCCGGAUCAUGAGCAUUGUGGACCCCAACCGCCUGGGGGUAGUGACAUUCCAGGCCUUCAUCGACUUUAUGUCCCGGGAGACGGCCGACACAGAUACAGCAGACCAAGUCAUGGCUUCCUUCAAGAUCCUGGCUGGCGACAAGAACUACAUCACGGUGGACGAGCUGCGCCGGGAGCUGCCACCGGACCAGGCCGAGUACUGCAUCGCGCGAAUGGCCCCCUACACGGGCCCCGACGCCGUGCCUGGUGCUCUGGACUACAUGUCCUUCUCCACGGCGCUCUACGGCGAGAGUGACCUCUAACCCGCCCCCGCGGGUCCAGCACCCCCGCCCCCCACCCCGCACCUGCAAGUACCCCCUGCUCCUCCGCUGCCCGCCCCACCCCCACCACCCCGUGAGCUGGGACCCACGUGGCAUCCAGUUCCCCCCGCCCGCCAAGUGACAGUUUACAAAGUUAUUUUCUGCAAAAAAGAAAAAAAAGUUACGUUAAAAAAAGUUAAAAAACCAAAAAACCGCAUAUUUUAUUAUAGAAAAAGUAUUUUUUUCUCCACCAGACUUAAAUGGAAAAGAGGAAAAAUUAACUAUUUGCACCAAAAUGUUUUGUUUUGUUGUGGACAUAGGAAAAUAACCAAGCACAAUGUUAUACUCCAUCCUUUUUAUCAAUUUUUUUUUUCUCUCUGUUCCAUCUGCUGUAUUCAUUUCUCCAAUCUCAUGUCCACCUUGGUGUGGGAAGGGGUGGGGGGUAGGGGAUGAUCUUGUCAAAAGGCACAUUGGUGCAUGUGUGUUUGCUAGCUCACUUGUCCAUGAAAAUAUUUUAUGAUAUUAAAGAAAAUCUUUUGAAAUGGUUGUUUUUUAAGGAAGAGAAUUUAUGUGGCUUGUCUCAUUUUUAAGUCCAAAAGUGCGAUUGGCCUCUUCAUCAGAGCACACUUUUUUUUUUUAAUUUUAAUAUUGCCUAUUAAAAGUGGUCAGGACAAAAUUGGAGUGUGGACAGCUUUGAUGUUGCCUGGCAUGGCCCAUGGGAGAGCAGCAACUGUUGGUGGCCCCCGGCUCGCCCCUGGCAGAAGUGGGGGCGGGGUUCAAGGGCAACGCGGUGCUCCUGUACACGCCCCUAACGUGUUGGUGGCCCUGGUGCAUUCCACCUCCUGGCACUUGAGCUUCUUCCUUCGUUUUCCACAACGUCAAGCAGCUCUGCGACGUCUGUAUGCCCCCCAUUUCUUCUUUUCUCGUCACAGAGAAGAAAUGGAGCUGCCUCAGCGAGGCUCACCUCACCCCUUUGCUACCCAAGAUGCCCCGCAGACAGCAGCGUCAGAGUCACCUGGGAGCUUGUUGGAAAUGCAGACUCUCGGACUCCACCCCAGACCUCCUGAAUCAGAAUCUGCAUUUUGAACAGAAUCCCAGGGCACCUGGGUGCGCUGGCUCUGGCUGUUCCUGUUUGUCCUCCGUACCUGUCUCGUUCCCAAAGCUGUCGAUGAUGAUGAUGAUAGCCGUGCUGUGGGUUGCAGAAAUGUAAGUUAGCAACAGAAGCCGUAGAUCUGUGUUCCAGUUAUGGCUGUGUCCAGGAGCUUAAUCAGUUUAGUGUAGUGGUUACAGGGAGUUGGGUCUGUGGAGUGUGCCAGGGUCCAAAUCCAUGACUGCUGUUUCCAGCGUGGGUGAGCUGCGCUGCCGUUCUCUUAGGUAUUACGUGGGGCUAACAGCUUUUAAAAGAAUUUACUUAUUUAUAGAGAGAGGACGGGAGGUAGAAAGAGAGGGAGAGGAAAACUUUGAUCAGUUGCUUCCUGCAUGUGCCCCAACCAGGGACGCAGCCCAGGCGUGUGCCCUGACUGGGAAUUGAACCGGCAACCUUUUGCUUUUCAGGGUGAUGCCCAAACAACUGAGCCACACCAACCAGGGCUGUGGUCAGUCUUAAGUUUUGAGGGGUUCAGUUGAAUCUCUUAAAAGAGAACCCUUAAUGUGAUCUGUCCCUUCAUUGAGGGGGAUGGAAACUAAGUCAGGAUCCGCUGACCUGGGGCCGACGAUGACAGAUGACAGUCUUGGGUGCGAGGCCUUCUGGGUUAGGAAUUAGUCUAGUCAGUUUCUGGAACACCCACUGCCCUGGGAAAGAGGGUCAAGACGAGGGGGCUGCUCAGGAGAAGGGGCAUGGAGAGAGGUGCUGGCAUUUGCUUUUGGGAAGUAGACCUAUAGGUUUUCCCUCUGGGAGGUAAGAAGUCUAGUAAGGGCCCCGCAGUGGGCCUGCGGUGGCUGCAAGCCCUGGGGGAACGUCCGGUCCGGGCCAGAGCCUGCCCUCAGGUCAAAGUCUUUAGGAAGAGGUCAGUGCACAGACAAGUUGUUUUAGCUAUUUACAUGCAAGUCUAACCAAGGACACAGUGUUACAGGAGGUGAGGAGAGGGGGAAGUUGUUCCAGCCAGAAAGUUUCCUAAUGCCAGGGGCAAGCUCUUUGACAUGCUUCAGUUUCCAGAGGUGUGAUCAAUCAGCCUUCCUUAGUGCUCACUUAAAAAGAAUGUUUCAGUUAUUUCAAUGAAAAUGGGUUUACUGCCCUGGCUGGUGUGGCUUGGUGGAUUGAGUGCCGGGUGAGGUUAACUGAAGGGUCACGUGUUAGAUCCCCAAUCAGGGCGCAUGCCUGGGCUGCAGGCCAGGUAUCCAGCUGGGUGUGUGUGAGGGGCAACUGAUGGAUGUUUCUCACCCUCUCUCCCUACUUACCCCCACCUCUCCCAAAAAAACCUUAAGAAAAAAUGGGUCUACCAAGUUAUUCUAUUUACAACUCUCAGAGAAAUGCCCUUGUUUGAGUUUCUCAGUGUUCAAGGGUGUUUAUAUGUGUGCAAACGACUAUAAUUAUUUUAAGUACAUUUUCAAUCUGUUAAAGAGGUAAAAACUUAAAAAUUUAUUUCUAAAGCUUUUAAGGUCAUCAUGCACAUUUUGUUAUAUUAAUAAUGUAUUUUUUUCUGUAAAAAUAACUCUUGCUUGUCCUAAUCAUUCAUAUAUUCAACAGAUUACA